CUCUUAUUUAAAAGAGUGGAUCGUGUAGUUAAUCCAUUUGUUGCAGGUGCUACCAUCCGCCAUGGCGCCAGGAAAGCAACCUAUGAUUUCAUCCUUCCUUGCCAAAAUGAAAGACCCCGAUGUGGACUUCAGGUUCAUGGCCUUAAGUGAUCUGACCAAUGCAGCCAUUGAAGAUUCCGCCCUAUUUGGAACUGAUGAGUCUCUUGAAGCUCGUACCGUUGGCGAAGUGCUAAGACUGGUUGAGGACAAGAAUUCCGAAGUAAAAAACCAAGCGGUGAAAUGCUUAGGUCAACUCGUCAAGUGUAUAAGAGAAGCUCAGAUGAACACGGCUGUAGAUAGUCUCAUAGAUUUUAUUGGCGGGAAAGAUGACGAACUUCGAGACAUCGCGGGAUUAGCCCUGAAAACGGUGACUUCCGAGAUACCGCAGGAGGGCAAGAUUGCAGAGAAGACAUGCUCGAAGUUGGGGCCAAAGCUCCUGGUACAAGUCGGCAAGCCUGACACGCCACCGGAGACGGCGAUUGAAAUGCUAUCAAUUCUGUCCAUCUUAGUCACCCGCUUCUCUAUUUACCUGGCUGAUAUCCAUCCAUCACCUAUUGCCACACUUACGCCGCUUCUAGGACAUCCCCGAACCGCCGUCCGGAAACGUGCUGUAGUGGCAUUAGCACAAUUCCUGCCCACGGCAUCCCAGCAAUUAUUUGAUAAUCUCUGGGAAACGACAAUCAAUCCCGCGUUAGAAUUAAAGGCGCCCAUCGACCACCAAAAGAUUAUUGUCUCGAUAUGCCCCCAAAGGAUCGGUCCUGUACUUCAAUCGAUCGUGCCUCCGAUCACGAAUAUCUCGUCUCGCGAUGACGUUGAGCUUCGCGAGGCUUCCCUUCAGUCGUUAGAAACGCUCAUUCUACGUUGCCCAUCCGAGAUCACCCCAUAUCUCCAAGGGAUUAUCAGUGUUGCUAAUUCACUUGUUAAGUAUGAUCCAAAUUACGCCGCAGAAGAUAACGAGGACGAAGAGAUGCAGGAUGUAGAGGAUGAUGAGAAUGGGGAUGAUCUUGGCGACGCAUAUUCGGAUGAAGAAGAGACUUCCUAUAAAGUCCGAAGAUCAGCUACCAAGUUGUUGGCAGCCAUCAUUGGCACACGCCCAGACAUGCUGUUAACUGUCUACCGGGACGUCUCCCCAGUCUUAAUCUCGAGAUUUGGCGAUCGCGAGGAGACUGUCCGUUUGGAGUUAUGGUCUACUUAUACCUUAUUGCUCCGUCAGACUGAGGUUCAUGGGGCUGCGAUUCAGACCAGGGACAGCGAAACGCAUGUCAGCCUGAAGCGAAAAAGGGGCGAGGGGAUGGACGUCGAGGAGACCCCGACCAGUUUGCUUAAAGCUCAAACAUCGGCCAUAUGCAACGCACUGAUCAAGCAAAUCCAUUCUAAGGCUUCGGCUUUAUGCCUUCAAACUGGAUUUACCCUCUUUCGUGCACUCCUUAAAAUUAACCCGGGAUGCCUUUCGGCACAGACUCCUGCGAUUACCCAAAUCGUUUCCUUCACACUUAAAAGGCCCCCAGGAAACACAUCGUCUGCUCUACAUGUUUCCGUGCUUGGGUUUCUGGACCUGUACUUCUCCACCCAUUCUCCAGCCGUGUUCAAUACGGCACUGAGUGCUCUUUCUCAGCCGCUGGUAUCAGCACUUUCCGAACGAGACCCUCGCAUUUCCGCUGCCGCUUUCCGUUGUUUCGCUACAUUACUUGUGUCCCUGAAACCGUUGCGACCUAAUGACUGGUCGGAAAGUUUAUACACAAAAGUCCUGGAGAAAUUAGAACGCAAUGACACGGAUAUUUCCGUAAGGGAGCUUGCUGAAGUUUGUCUCGCCGAGCUGUGGGUUUGCGCGCCAGAUGUUGUCCGAGGGAAGAGCGGCGCAGAAUGGGCGGCGCUCCGGCGAUUUGGGAGAGCUGAAGGCGCCAUCAAUGUCGUAAAAACGGUGGCAGAACGCGUUAAUAUGACAGAGCUAUGGACUGGGGAGUCCAUAGAAUGGGCACUGGGAAUCAUUCGGAAGGGUUCUCGAACACAGAGAGAUGAUGCUUUUGUAUGUCUCAGAGUGUUACUAUCUAAGUAUGAGAACGGCUAUCCCCCCGGACUUGCCAGCUCCGUGAUGGCUCAAAUUAUCCCGCAUCUCACUCUUGCAGAAUUGUCCCACUUUACAAACAGCGUCUCCGUGAUAACGCAAAUGCUACGUACGUCGCCCCGCAGCGUAUACGGCCCGGUAGAGAAGGAUGUUCUCCCAUUAAUUUAUCCAUCGGUUGUCUCACCCGCUGUGACAGCUACUUUGUUGGACGCAUUGCUCGACUUUCUUGCCGCCCUAGUACAUGCCGACUCACCAAUAGCGAGCAGAGUAGUACAAGGCUUACUGAAUCAUAUCAACGCCUCUACUGGCUCCACUCCUGCAAUCAAUAGCAGCAAAUGUAUCGCUGUUGCAGUUAGAGGUGAACACAGCCUUGCUGUAAGCACCAUCCAAGAUUUUGCUCGCUCGAUUAAGUCUGGUUCUCAAACGAAAGAUGCGCGAUUGGUUCUUAGUCUUCACGUACUGGGCGAAAUUGGACGAUUUGUCGACAUGUCGUCUCAAAAGGAUGUCUUUUCAGAUGCUCUCAAUCUGUUCUCAUCUGACUCUCAGGAUAUCAGGACAGCUGCAGCCUUUACAGUCGGUAACGUCGCAAUUGGGAAUAUUCCAGCAUUUCUUCCUGUGAUAAUCAAGCAAAUUCAGGCAGACGACGAACGGAGAUUGCUGUCUUUACACUCAUUGAAAGAGAUCGUCACGCAUUGCUCAAACUCACAGCUCGAAGGUGUUGCUGAUGCUGUUUGGUCCCCUGUCUUCGAGAACCCUGAGAACUCAGAGGAGGGUACCAGAAAUGUAGCCGCAGCAUGUCUCGGGAAACUGACAACCACAAAUCCGUCGCGGUAUCUUCCCCAGCUCCAGUCCCGCAUACGUGACCCUUCCUGGGUAGUAAGGGCCACCGUCGUUUCCUCUAUUCGCUAUACUUUUGUGGACACCUCGGAAUCAUAUGACGAACUUCUUUCACCCUUGGUUGUUGAUUUCCUAUCGUUGGUCCAGGAUUAUGAUUUAACUGUCCGGAGACUUUCUCUCACUGCGCUCAACGCUGCAGCACGGAACAAGCCCAAACUUAUCAGGGAACACUUGGCCUCAAUUAUGCCUCUCCUAUACCAUGAAACUAAAAUCAAUGAAAACCUCAUCCGUAUUGUAGAAAUGGGCCCGUGGAAACAUCGAGUUGACGAUGGGCUCGAAACUCGUAAGGUCGCAUUCGAGACAAUGUACACCAUCCUGGACACUUGUGUGUCCAACCUUGACCUUCAUCAGUUCUUUACACAUGUUCUGGAAGGUCUCGCGGAUGAGUCUGAUGAGAUCAAGGUUUUAUGUCAUAUGAUGCUUUUCCGACUGUCCCAAGUUGCACCCACAACAGUCCAGCAACGCCUUGACGAAGUCAGUCCGGAACUGGAAGAGACAAUCAAGGGAGCACAGGUGACUAAGGAUACAGUGAAGCAGGAUCUGGAGAGGGCUGGGGAACUUCAACGAAGCGCGCUCAGGGCCAUUGCUGCUCUAAGUCGACUGAGUUCCCCAACCGUGUCCCCGAGGAUGGAGAGAUUGGUCGAAAGCAUCGAGAAAGGAAGAAUGGCCAAGGAAUUCCGCGAACUGUUAUGAUCGUCGAGACUAGCAUUCUAAUAUUACAAAUGUAUCGAGUUAGAACACUUGGAAGUUGAAGUACUACAUAGUUUGAUGAUGUAUGACAUAAUAAAUACUGAAGAGCAUGGUUGUGUGGAUCAACGGGAACCAACGCCGAUAACUGUUUCUUUGCUGU